AUGGCACCCUACACUCGAUCGAAGCGACAGCGCUCGGAAAAGCAUCAGCCGCUUCAGCCCAAAGACCUCUUCAGCACCCUUCCCGAAGGGAUCGUCCUCCAGAUUCCCGAGGAACUGCCUGACAACGUCAUCCCAAGCCUCAGACUCGUGUGCAGCAAUGCUGUACCUUGUUGCAACACCAUCAUCGCCAAGCGCAGCAAGACACUUUACUUUCAUCCCUCUGCCAACUCCAUGCAGAAUGUCAUCGCAGCUUGCGAGCAUCCUAUCCUUAGCAAGGAUGUAGAAGAACUCGUACUUCUCGGAGACCCGAUGUGGCGCGAGAUUGAGCUGGCCUAUCCCGGUUGCCGCCAGAAAGGCCUGGAGUACCAUCGCCAUCGUCUCAACAUCAUAUACCCUCGAUCAUCGCGCCAUGAGCGUGCAGGUCACGUUCUAUGA